AUCAUCUCACGUUCCAGACAAUCUGAUGUCACCAAAAUCAUCUCACGUUCCAGACAAUCUGAUGUCACCAAAAUCAUCUCACGUUCCAGACAAUCUGACGUCACCAAAAUCAUCUCACGUUCCAGUCAGUCUGACGCCACCAAACGACUCCAGCGUGGUCGGCGGUGACGCAGAUCGACACCCAAAACCGGCUCCGAGAAUUAAAAAAGUGGGUCACCAGUCUGAAUAUUUUCCAAGGGGAGGAAGCUCUGCCCCAAGGGAAGCUGGCCAUGCCUCGAGUGCAGAUACUCUUAGUUUACACUCAUCGGCGAGUCAGACACCUUUAAGCAAAGCUGGGACACCGGCUUCUGUAACCACCACUCAGGCGCCGCACCCCGUCCCUAAACCACGGCUUAGGGCGAAAUCGGCUCACCAGUCUCUAUUCAAACCCCAAGCCCUGGAAACCAAACGUCUCUCAAAAAGUAUGUCCUCGUACCCCAAACCAAAUGUUUUAACGACGCCGUCUAAGACCACGAAGGGCGCCACUGCGGCGAAGGGCGCCACUGCGGCUUGCAUCGACUUAUCAGAAUUCGACCCCUUGAAAUCUCGCAGGUCGCAACUGGUCCUCAAGGGCGUGUCCAAGGAAGAGCCGGCGUCAACCACCACUUCACCAAGCCCACCCGAAACCAAGCGCAAGGAAUCGGACGUUUCCGGCUCGUCUGAAAAUGAGAACACAACACUACUGUCCCCAAACAACACAACGGCAGAUACACCUGGCGUUUCACCCCAACUCAUGCCUUCCCGCGCCGCUCCCCCAGUCCCACACCAUCGUUUACAAGUCCACGCACAUCAGCAGUUUGUCGAGGCCGCGGACGUCAGCUCAGAAACCCGAUCAACGUUCGAGAACUACGAUUUCAUCAAUUUUUCAUCUCCCGAGGAUCCAUUCCAAAGCACGUCGUUUGAGUCCGACUGUGACACGUUCAACCAUUCCCUGAGCACAUCAAGUGGCGGGAGUGAGGGCGUCGUAUCCUCAGGGGCCGUGGCCAGUUCUUCGGAGCAAAAUUUUGAGAGAAAACACAAAGACGUCUCCCCGUUAAACCCGGCGGCUUCAGAUGUGGGCGCGAACCGCUCAACAAGCGAGGCAAGCAACAGUGACAGCGAGGGCAGCGUGUUUAGAGAUGAGUGUGGGAGCCAAGGACUGGGCACAGCUGCAGUGGCUCCACAAGGCGAGGCGACACCGCGAAGAAAAAACCACAGAGACGGCUACCUCUUUAAACAAGGCGGGCACAACGCCAACAGGGGAUGGCGGAAGCGCUGGGUGGUCUUCGACGGAGGCAGUCUGCGCUAUUUCGUGAACAGCAGCGCGAGCGUGUCGAUACACGUGAUUCCUCUCGGGUGCAUGGUCAAGGUCGAGCAGGAGAUCAAGGACGACGAGAGAAACCGCUUCCGCUUCAUGCUGCACACGACAAUAAAGAACCGGGUAUUUGUGUUUUCUUCGGAGAACAGGGACGACUGCGUGAGCUGGGCGCUUAGUCUUGGCGCGGCAAUCGCACAGUAUCAGAAGAGCGGAGGCCAUGCCACCGGGAUUCCCGACAAAGAAGGAUUCGUCAGACUCAACAAUGCGUCAGGCAAGCGGUAUGUGACCCUCUCCAACAUGACUCUGGUUUAUUACGACUCGUUUGAGGAUUACCAGCUGAGCUUUCCGAAGCAUGAGAUCGACCUGGAGCUGGCCUCGGUCAAGGUCAAGGACGACAAAAAACCGAAACUCAGACUGUCCACCCCGCUCAGCCAUUUCGACCUCACGUUCGACACCAGCCAGGACAUGCUGCUGUGGUACUCGGCGCUGAAGGACGCCAUAGCCCGCAGGCUCGCCGACGACCGAGUGCUGGAGAAGGUCUACGAGAACACCAGCAAUCGCAUCUGCGCCGACUGCAGCGUCGAGCGCCCCCAGUGGGCUGUCAUAAACAUGGGGACUGUGAUCUGCGAGAACUGCGCCGGCGUUCAUCGCAACUUCGACAAGCGGCUCUCCAAGGUCAGGUCACUUCGGAUGGACACCAAAAUCUGGACGCCGGCCCUGGUCAACAUGAUGACCCGAAUCGGAAACGCCAACGCCAAUGCGUUCUGGGAGUUCAAUCUCCCCCCGGGCGCAAACGCGGACCACUCCGGAACCACAGAGAAAAGGAAUGAUUUCAUCAAACAGAAAUACGCAGAGAAGAAGUACUGCGAUCUCUCCACGACAAAAGUUCUCCCUGAGCUUGUCAGUUCGCUUAGCGAUGACAACGUUCUGGAAGUGAUGAAAUGCAUGUUUUCCGGGAACGUGCUGUCUGACUGUAACGCCAUCACAGGCGCCUACGAUAUCGCCAAAGAUACCGGUAAAAGCUUGACAGCCGAAUUCCUUUACCAGAAUGGAGGAGAUCGGAGGCAGGCGGAAAACGUCAUCAACGAACAGCUGGAGCAGACCAGGCUUCAGGGCUUCUUGAACAAAGCCGGCCCUAAAGGGCGUCACUACGACAAACGGUGGUGCGUGCUGGAUCACGGCGCCCUUACUUACUACGCCAACGACAGGAGCACACGGUUCAAAGGGACCGUGCACAGGAACGACAUGUUGACGGUCCUGGCGAAAGAGGCGGACAGAAACCUUCACUAUUUUGAGCUCAGCACGAAGACGAAGGAGAACAGGAACUUUGUGUUUUCGAGCGAGAGUAAAGAAGAGGCUUGCAAAUGGCUCCACGCCAUCACAAAGGUGAUGGCUCCCGUCGGAGCACUGGACAAUCAAGAAUUGGCCAGUCUGCAUUUUUCCGGGGUGGCUCACAUGAAGGAGUCGCUUUUCGACGAGUGGCGCCAGACUUUCUUGGUGCUGUGCGAGGAUAAAUUGUUGUAUCUAAACAGAGAUUUCGGCAUGGAGACUUUGAUGUUCAGCAAGACAUUUGGCGUGAAGGAGUACCGCAGUGAAGAAUACUGCUUCGUGAUCGGUUGCCCCGGGAUGUCCCUCUUCAUUCAGGCCACCUUGGUCAGGGACACCAGUAAAAUGUACGAGAUGCUGGUCAAGCUGUUAUCGAAAAAGUCGAGCACCGCUCAAUAGGUGUGGUGCCAAGACGAUAUCUUUAGCACGUGUGGUUAGUUCUUGCAAAGCUACAUUCUCAUCGUUCAUUAAAAUAGAACAGCUGUGUUGAAGAACUCCUUUGUUGUUGUUGUUGUUUUGUGUGUUCACUAACACCGUCCACAUCUGACCCACAUUUUUGACCCACAUUUCAAUUUCCCGUUUCAAUUAGCUUGAUUUUGAUAAGCUCGUGGCUGUCAUAUAUCAUUUAAUUAUCAGUGUUGGAGGAGGUCCAGCAGAUGAGUGCUGGAGUAAGGCUACUGGAGGCCUGGAGAUCAGAUCACUGCGUAUUGAAUUGAAACAAGUCAGCUUUAUAGUAAAUAAGGUGUCAAGAUGUAGGUGACUGUUUGAAAAUAGAGUGGUAUGAAGGUGAUGGCGCGUAUGACUGUUUGAACAUAGAGUGGUAUGAAGGUGAUGGAACGUAUGACUGUUAGACCAUAGAGUGGUGUGAAGGUGUUUGAACGUAUGACUGUUAGACCGUAGAGUGGUGUGAAGGUGUUUGAACGUAUGACUGUUAGACCAUAAAGUGGUAUGAAUGUGAUGUAACGUGCUACUGUUAGACUAUAAAGUGGUAUGAAUGUGAUGUAACGUGCUCCUGUUAGACCAUAAAGUGGUAUGAAUGUGAUGUAACGUGCUCCUGUUAGACCAUAAAGUGGUAUGAAUGUGAUGUAACGUGCUACUGUUAGACCAUAGAGGCGUGUUUUUGAGCGAAUGUGACUAUAAUAGAGUGUUAUAUGGUUCACUAACCAACAAGUUAUGUAUGGCAUGUUUACUUAGCACACAUAAUGAAGUCUUUGCUCUUACGAAAUUUCAUGUAUAAACACUUGGCAAUUUUUUUUUUUUUGCAUUUAAGGCUCGAAGAUUUUUAUUGGUAAAAAAUUAAACACAUGCUAAUUAAACACAUGCUAAUUAAACCACCCCUAACAACACAGGUUUUCGUAUAAAUCCUUUAUUACAAAAUGUAAUAUCGAGCAUUGGGGUGGGGCUGAAAUUCGGAUAUGGAUACUAGUAACCAACUUUAUAAGAAUCCCAAUAUGUGCUCAGCUCCCCCCCCCACCUCCCCCAAGGCUCGCAACCACAUAUUUUUUCAAGCCCCUGAACUAUAUGAGUACCGUUGUUCUAACGUCCCACCCCACUUUUACACCGCAGAUUUAUUACACCAUAGUUUUCUGGAAAGCAAAAGAAUAUAGUACGCACCAAACGCACUUGCUAUAUAUUUAUGAAUCUUAUUUAGUGAAGUUAUCAGGACUUUUAAAUUUCGCGAAGUCAAUGGCGAUUGGAAGAUUUAAAACUGGUUUUGGAGAUUGGGG